AUGGACAAUCCAAAUGACUCGGAUCACAACGAGAGCAACGCACAAAUGCACGAGGUGUUUCUUAGGCGCUACACUCUAACAUACUCUGCUUACUUCCCGCCGUUGUUUCGCAGUUGGAUCUGCCUCUGCGAGAAUGUUGUUCCAACCAGCUGGCUGUCACAUUACACGUUGAUUGUAGGGAACUACUAUUUCGACCUCGAACGUAAAGGCUCGCGUCCCUUUGCUAGCACUGCGAAAUUUCACGGAAGAAAGUCGAGUAAUGAAGUCGAACACCUUAGCGACAAGGACAAGUGGCGUCCUGUGGACGAAUGGCUCGGCACGACGGCAAUAUCCCCGGACACCAUCGAAACAAAACGCUCGUUUUACGGAGUCUUUGUCGGCUUAUAUUUCUUGUUACACUUAGAUGCCUGGAGGGCGGUCAAGGUAGUCACGGCCACUAUCAUCAGCUAUCCGAUCAUGAUCGGAGUCCCGGCUUACCAUAUCCUAGCAUUCUUGAAAUCGAAGAACGAAGUCAACCAGCUUUUGGAAGACGACGAGCAGAAACGGAUCGACGCAGCCUACAAUUUUAUCACAACUCAUAUGACCUGUCACUGUUGCAACCGAAAUCACUGGCUAUGUAUUUUUCGGCAGAUUGUCCACCAUCCGACGAAAGGUCUAGAGCCGUUAGCAGAUUUUGUUGACCAGGAAGUAUAUGAAGAGCCCUUUGGUAGAGAGGACCUUGGGCGAGCGAUUAAUAGGUUCGAAAAGGAACGAACUGGAAACACGUUUAUGAGUUGGAUGUAUUUGGUACAGCUGAUCAUGUCUGAUAUGCGUCGUGAAGGGAAUCCAGCUUUAGAUUACAUGCGGGAAUGGUAA